GCAAUUGGCGUGAUUUCAAUGCUUCACUACUGUUUUGAGAAUUUUGGACUAGGUGAAAAAGAAUGUCACUUACACUGUGAUAAUGCUUCAGGGGAAAACAAAAACAAAUUCAUGCUUGCAUAUUUGAUGUGGAGAACGCUGACUGGCAAGCAUUCCAAAAUAAAUUUGCAUAUCCAAGUUCCCUAUCAUGGCAAAAGCCUGGUAGAUGCUGGCUUUGCUUACAUCAAAAAAUCAUACAGAAGGGCUGAGGUUGACUCUUUAGAGCAAUUAGCAUCCGUGGUUAGGAAAAGCGCAAGAUCCAAUGAAGUCAUUGUAUUUGGUGGGGCUGACGGAGAAUGGCUCGACUGGAAGACAUUUACUUCAGAGUACUUCAUUCCUUUCAAGGGCAUCAGAAAAUAUAGACACUUUGUCUUCCAAGCAGAUAAACCAGGCAUUGUCUUAGCCAGAGAAUUACCAGAUUCACCCGGCACAGAAGUAAAACUGCUAAAACAGCGGAUCGAUUUAGACACCAUCCAACCUCCAAAUGUUAUUCCGGCAGCUGGAUUAAGUAGAGAAAGAAGUGAAUACUUGUUUAAAUUCAUCAGACCAUUUGUCAGGGCCCCGCACAAGGACGCCGUCGCUCCUUCCCCAGACGCCCAGGAAGAGUAACGUAACUGCUGUC